GGGGGGGUCCCCCGCGUGUCACCUUCACUCGGGACCUGAACAGCGCAGGGCUUCAUCGCCGAGUCCAGCGCCUUCACUCAGCAGGGCCUGCAGUGGUCACACGGGGCCUUCACUCAGCAGGGCCUGCAGUGGUCACACGGGGCCUUCACUCAGCAGGGCCUGCAGUGGUCACACGGGGCCUUCACUCAGCAGGGCCUGCAGUGGUCACACGGGGCCUUCACUCAGCAGGGCCUGCAGUGGUCACACGGGGCCUUCACUCAGCAGGGCCUUCAGUGGUCACACGGGGCCUUCACUCAGCAGGGCCUGCAGUGGUCACACGGGGCCUUCACUCAGCAGGGCCUUCAGUCAGCAGGGCCUUCAGUCAGCAGGGCCUUCAGUGGUCACACACGGGGCUCACCGCGUGCAGGGCCUUGUACAGGGCAUUGACGACACGGCUAUCAAGGGCCCACGCGGCCUUGGCGAACUUCACCGACUGACAGGGCCUUCGCGCGAUUCCAGGAGCAUCACCCUCGGGCCUUCGUGAGCGUGAGAGCCGGAUCUCCCUCGAAAAAGAGACUUUCGCUCAACGGGUACGCACUUGUUUUAAACAACAAAGUAGAGCGCGUCAUGUGGCCGAUCAUCUGGACCGCGAUGCGCACCUACGCGCCCUACGUGACCUUCCCCGCGGCGCUGGUCGUGGGCUUCGUGGGCUACAACCUGGAGUGGAUGGCGCGCGGCGGAGACCUGGGCCAGCCGUACGAGGAGCGCGGGGUGCUGGAGCGACGCGAGGAGCGCCGGCUUCAGGAGCAGCUCCAUGACGUGGCCACCGGUGGCCCCGGCCACUUCAACAGUCUGCACGACGUGCGCGAGUUUGCGCCGCGCGCCGUGCUGGAGCGUAACCGCGCCGGCGGUGGAAGCGUGAGCUAGUGCGAUGCGUGACGCGCCGUCGAGCCGGCGGGUUGCGUUGAGCUGCGUCUGCGCUGCCAGAUGAGAUUGGUGAUGCGAGCAAAGGUAAUUGGUGUCAUUCCCAUCGUGACGAUUCGUCGUGUUUGGCAGACGUUUCGUGAAAAUGUAGUGGUGUCCCAAUUAUCGACAAUGGAGCCACUACCACCACGUCUUUGCUGACAAUCGGAAGAAAUAGAUCGGUUAACAAGAUGGGAAUGAUAUCCAAAAAAUUUAAUAAAUAUUUUGCCAGUCUGUAAGUUUCUUUUAUAAAGAAUAUAAUGGGAUGGAGGUAUCUACACUAAAGACAAAAUAAUGGUGGAUCUAACAACGGUGCAAAAUUAUAGAAAUUCAAAAAUGUCAUGCCACAUAAAGGUUCUCUAAUAUAUUGGCAAUGUACCUGAUAUGAUAAUUGUGUUGUUCCAAUGAUAAUACUUAGAGAAGGCUUUGUUCAAGCGUAUGGGAGGGAUGAUUUCCUGAAUUGGUGUAAACUUCCUCUGCACUAGUAUCCUUCAUCAGGGGGAUGAUUGUUGGGACAGGUGCUGAACAGGUAGCAUAGAGCUUUCAUGAGGUGAUUGACCGUCUUGUAAGACAACUUGAAUGAAAGUGUACUGGGAAAAAAAGUUUGAUCUAAUUUUUGUCACUUGGUCAGCCUUUGAUCACAUCCGUGUCAGUUUGUUUUUUGUGUGUAAUGCAAUCGGUGUCACUACAAAUAUGGUUAUAAUUAUUGAUGGUGUGUUUGGUGUAGUGUUUGCCAGGUGACGUAACAGAAAACAUGAAAUUGCAUACAUCUCACCUGUUCAUACCUGCAGCCUUUGUAAUUGAGUAGUAUUAAAAUAAAUGUUGAAAGAAAUAAGUUUGCCAAAUUAUUGGUUGAUCUUUUUAUAUAAUGUAUUGUCGAACAUAUAAACCCAUAAAACAUGGACCAUUUUUCCAACAGACUGAAUAGCAAUACUUUUGCAUGUGGCUAAUAUACUCUGGAAAGUUCUGUUGCGUAACUUAAGUUCGGUGUCCUAAUUAAUACAACAUAAUUCGAGUGUUGCAGUACUUUUAUGUCAAUUGAACUUUGUCUUCUCCCUUUAUGGUACGUGUAUUUUAUUUUGUGUUUAAUAUAUAUACUCUUUGGUUUUUUCGGUAAAGUCACGUCUUUUUUACCUACGUGACUACCGAAAAAACCAGAGAGUAUGGACCGUUGCAGUCACGAAAACUUCUAAUCUAGAAUUAUUAUAGAUUGUGGGGGAAUUGUCCCUAAGGGUAUCAUAUAAUUAAACCUUUUAGAGUUAACAUAGCUCUGGAAAGUUAUAACUGGAUACAAUAUGGCAUUUUCUGUUGUAGCUGCAUUUUGAGUUUAGUUUGUCCUUUCCCCCAGCACCUCCGAUAAGUAUGGUUGGCUACGUACGGUGUGAAAGAAAUUCAAAAUGUAUCAAUGCAUACGUAGCAACUGUGCCGGCUCACUAUACCACUGUGAACACAUUUACAAAGGCGCACUCGGCGAUAUACACGGCGUUGAAUGGCAGGAGGUGAACCCUCUGUGUUGCUGGGAUGUUGUUACCUGGGUUUCACAUGGCUGUUAUAUGUUGGCUGUGCAAUGUUUAUUUAAAAGACUGCUCGUGUCUCUUGUGAUUGGCCAACAUUGUACAAUGCUGGUGGGUUUCAGUGAAUUUAUGAAGUGGCCUUUUCACAUAUAAAUUAAUGUGGAUGUGUAUGCUCAUGUAUACAUGUUUAAGCAGUAUUCCACACUGUGCUUUGAUGUACAGCAAGUUCAAUAUUGUAUUAUACAAAUAAUUUGAAUAAAAUGAUAUAAUUAUAUAUA